UAAUACAUGAACUUUUAGAUCUGAGUCCUCUAGCUUGAACAGUGAAUGCUCAUGAUUUUUGUGGAGAAGUCCUUGGUUCAACCCCUGCUGACCACCCAGGGUGAGCAGUUAUACAUACAAUCUAAUUUGGAGGUUCAACAGGAAAAAAAUCUUAAGGCUGCAAAGUGAGGCACUCAACAGUAGGAAAUGCCAUUUAAAAGUGCUCUGAAUGGCCCAGGAUUCAGCUUCUUUGGGUAUCUGUUUCAAGUGUCCUGUUCCGGUGGGUCAGGAUGUUCCUGAUCUUUGUCCCCAGUGUUAAGCUCCUGGGUGCAGACAGCAAGGCGUCCUUGGUAAAUUAACCUUGAUUCUGGAAAUCUUCUCCCUCUUGCAGUCCACCAGCACUGGAGUUUGGUGACCUGGGGAUUCGAUGCAAAACACAUACUGUCCUUUUCUUAAUUCAGGGGGAGGAGGGCAGGACAGAGAUAUAGGACCUGUUGCCUCUUUUUGACUUGAGCAUGUAGUCAAAAUUUGGGGCUCUGGGGAUGUUCCAGCUGAGAGUAGAAAUUGAUGAUAAGGAUUUCUUUGAUGCAGUUUUGUUUAUUUACAAAGAACAUGCAAACUUCUGUGUCUCUGAAUGCAGAAGGAAUCAAAUAGUAGGAAAGCACUUCUUUGGCUCACAGCACCAAGAACACUCUUUUCAGCCUGCACCUCUGAUCAAAAAAUCUCUACUCAGGUUUCUUCCAGGUCAGAUACCUAUCUGUCUCAGCUUCUGUGUGUUCUUCCCUCUAGCAUACAUCCAUGCCACUGAACAUUAACAUUACAUAGCAAAAAUUCCUGGAUGUGUUCACAUUUUCCUUUUGUCUUAGAUGAGGUUUAUCUUUACAGUAUGUUAACUGAAGGGUGCAGUCAGACCUAUUAAUCUCAAUGAGGUUUUAACUCCACCCAUAACAAGAUUUCACCCAGCUCCUAACAGAUCCAUUCUUGCUGCCAUUGAAAUAAAUGGUAAAGUGUGCACUGACUUCAGUGGAAAUAGGAUUAGGUCAUUCAUUACUCAGCUGAUGGAGGUGGCAGAAGGAGAGAUGGGUUUGAUCAAUGCCAACUGUUGGUAACAGUCUGCUAAAAUGUUUGUAAUAUGAACCCAGAUAUAAUGCUGUGGACAAAAUGUGCAUUUUAUAACAAAUUAAUAAAUAGUAAAGCAAAAUAAAAAUAACUUAUCAGAUGGACAAGAUGCCAUGUUCUAAUCUCAUGAAACUCUAAACGCUACCAAGAUGAUAUUUUCCACUCAAAGCUGCCAUGCUUUGUAAUCUAUUUUGUUAGCCUGGGGCAAAUUGUGUGAGAGAGUUUAAGAAUAUUUAAAAAGCAGUUUGAAAAGAAACGCAGAACCCCCUUUUUGUAGGUAUCUCUGAGGACUUCUUGAUUUAAAAUGGAUUACAGAAAGAAUGGAAUACAUCCUAAAUGUAUUAUAGUGCUUAACUCUCUCACUCUGUCUGUAUGUGUCUACAAGGAAAUAAUCCCUUCGAUAAAUCGUAGAAAGCAUCCCAAUAAUAUUGGAACAUUGGAAAAUAUACCUCUGAAAAGAUCACUAUUUGUGCCUGAAAAGGGGAACAGUACAUUUGCUUUUGAAUAUGAACAUGCGAUAGACAUGUCUGCUCUGCUAAGUGUGUAAUCAGAGAUUUUAGUCAGUCUAAUAAAACAAUUAGAAAUGACAUGUUUUUGGGUGUCUUAACAUGCUCACUCUGCAAUAUAGUAACAUAGAGAGAUCUGAUGACUAUAUCAUUGUACCUCUUUAACCAAAAGCCCAGUGUUAUAAUGAUUAUUGUAUUAUAUCUGAUAUUUCAUGGCAAGCAUUUGUCAACCUCUUAAAACUCCCUAAACAAACAAAUAGAAACUGUAAUGGGACUCAAGAAGGAACCGUAGGAAACAUCUGGGCUGUUCCCUUUACUUUGCCCUAUCCUGCUCCCCUUCAAGUCAAUAGCAAAAACUCCCUGGGCUUCCCUGAGCAGCCAGAGGUAAGCGAACGAAUGGAGAGACGUGCAGGCUACUUCCAGCCGAGACUCCAUACCCUCCGCCAGAGAGGGGACACAUCUCAGUGACCUACAGAGAUUUCUGAUGAGGAGCAAAACCGAACAGGAACGAACUAUUCAUCCUCUCACCGAGGAAAUAACUCACUUCUGGGAACUAACAGCUCCCUUCAGCAGGUGGUAAAGCUAUCAGCCUGGUUCCCCGUGCUACAGCUGUUUCUUUCUAAUCUUGCACGCGGCCGGGCGCCUGCAUUGCCCAGCUUCGCGUUAUUCCCCUUUAAGCUGGUGUCAGGUACUGCGAAGAGGGAGAGCGGGGGGAGGAGAUGGCUGGAGGGUUCCACCACAGGCUCACGCAAUGCAAACUCCGCACGCAACUGGGAGGCGACAGGCAGAGGAGGGGGAAACUUUCCAACUUCAUAAACCCUGAAGAUGAAGAUUUUCCCUCCUGCCACAGAAGUCCGCGAUCUCACAGCCCCGCCAGCCGUUCAACUGGAACCGCUUUGCUAAACGUUCACCAAAAGGCAGGAAACCUUGAAGGCUCAGCCAGUCCAGAUGGGUUGGGGCCAAAGGCAAUUGACAAAGAACCGGCUCCCGUAGGAAAGAAUCGGGCAGCUGUGGUUUGUCUGUACCAGGCAAUUCGGGAAAGGCUAACUGCGGGCUGGCGGCUGCAGCUGCUGGUGGAGGUGAAGCCAGGAGAGCCAAUGCCAAGAGGCUGCCCAGCCGGGCUCCGGCUCAACUCAGGGGGAACUAAAUUGUCCUGUAAGUCGCUCUUUUUCUCCAGCAGGUUUUGGUUGCCUCAUCACCAGGGCUGUGUGCGGGGAUCACACCUGGCUGAUGUCUAUUUAGUCUGAACGAGGCAGGCUGUUGAAGUGCGAGCUCUGAAGGGUUAACACGCUUGGAAGGUUAGAACAACGCACGAUGCAGGAUCGGGUGCAAUUGGCAUUUGCCUGCACAUGACCUGCCAAGCUCCGGAUGAAAAGAACCUGGACUUCUAAUGAGUUUCCCACAGUCUGGGAUCUGAACCUCAUUGCUGCUCUGCGUGCUGAGUCUUCUGCUGGGGCUGCCCAACUGCACGGAUCACAGCUGCUACAGGCUGCCCGGAUCCUCCCACUGGAGCCCAGAAAUCUCGGAUGGAAGCAUUUUUCAGCAGCAUGGCCCUCCGGCGGCUGGGAGAGGCGCUCUCCAGCAUCCCGCCCCUGCAGAGCGCCCUGCUGCUGCUCCUCUCCCUGCUCGCCGCCAUCCACCUGGCGAAGCUCCUCCUGCGGCAGCGGCGCCUGGAGCCCCCGGGCCCUUUCCCGUGGCCCCUGAUCGGCAACGCGGCUCAGCUGGGCAGCGCCCCGCACCUCACCUUCGCCCGCCUGGCCCGCACCUACGGCGACGUGUUCCAGCUGCGCCUGGGCAGCCGGCCCGUGGUGGUGCUGAACGGCGAGCGCGCCAUCCGCGGGGCGCUCAUCCGCCAGGGGGCCGCCUUCGCCGGCCGGCCGCGCUUCCCCUCCUUCCAGCUGGUGUCCGGGGGCCGCAGCCUGGCCUUCGGCGGCUACUCCGAGCUGUGGAAGCUGCAGCGCCGGCUGGCGCACUCCACCGUGCGGGCCUUCUCCACCGGCAGCCCGGCCCCGCGCCGCCUGCUGGAGCAGCACCUGCUGGGCGAGGCGCGGGCGCUGGUGGCGCUGCUGCUGCGGGGCAGCGCGGGCGGCGCCUUCCUGGACCCCUCGCGCAGCCUGGUGGUGGCCGUGGCCAACGUGAUGAGCGCCCUGUGCUUCGGCCGCCGCUACAGCCACGGCGACGCCGAGUUCCUGCGCCUGGUGGGCCGCAACGAGCAGUUCGGCCGCACGGUGGGGGCCGGCAGCCUGGUGGACGCGCUGCCCUGGCUCCAGCGCUUCCCCAACCCGGUGCGCGCCGCCUACUGCGCCUUCCGCCAGCUCAACCGCGACUUCUACGGCUUCGUGCGGGGCAAGUUCCUGCAGCACCGCGGCAGCCUGCGCCCCGGGGCCGCCCCCCGCGACAUGCUGGACGCCUUCAUCCGCCUCCAGCAGGCGCAGCCCCGGCUGCCGCUCGAGCACGUGCCCGCCACCGUCACCGACAUCUUCGGGGCCAGCCAGGACACCCUCUCCACGGCCAUGCAGUGGCUCGUCAUCUUCCUCAUCCGAUAUCCAAAGGUGCAGGUUAAAAUGCAAGAAGAAGUGGAUAGGAUUGUUGGCAGAGAUCGCUUGCCCUGUGCAGAAGAUCAACCUCAUUUGCCCUAUGUUAUGGCUUUCCUUUAUGAAUCUAUGCGUUUCAGCAGCUUUGUGCCAGUCACUAUUCCACAUGCCACCACAGUCGACACCUCCAUAAUGGGCUACUUCAUUCCUAAAGAUACGGUCAUAUUCAUCAAUCAAUGGUCAGUGAAUCAUGACCCAGAAAAAUGGUCCAACCCUGAGGAUUUUGAUCCAACAAGAUUCCUGGAUGAGCAUGGAUUCAUUAACAAAGAUCUUACUAGCAAUGUGAUGAUUUUCUCAUUGGGUAAACGUAGGUGCAUUGGAGAGGAGUUAUCCAAGAUGCAGCUCUUUCUCUUUACCUCCAUACUGGUACACCAGUGCAAUUUUAUUGCUAAUCCAAAUGAGGACUCUAAAAUGGGCUUCACGUAUGGGUUGACCAUUAAACCUAAGCCAUUUACAGUUAAUGUCACUCUUAGGGAAACUAUGGAUUUGCUAGAUAAAGCUGUCCAAAGAUUGCAAGCAGAUAAAUCAGCAAAUCUAUGAACACUGAUGUUUGAAUAAAAUAUAUAAGGAUGCUCCCGCCUCUCUCUUUUUAGACUUAAAAUAAAGUAAAUAAUAUGCUGCACUGAUGAGCUCUUUGUAAUAUACCAAGUACCACAAAACACUGGGGAGUGGAAUUGCCCAAGCAUUAAGCAGGUCCUCUUUUUUAAUUUGAGAGAGCGCGCGUGUCACGGGAGCCUUAUAUAUAAAGUACUGAAAUACAGGCAAAAAAUGUGAUUUAAAAAGUAAAUUUGUUUUUGGGUAACACAGUUAUUUUGACACCCUCCUCAUUAACUGCCUGGCUGGAGUGUCCCAGCCACUCCUUGGGGGGAGGGAUAGCUCAGUGGUUUGAGCAUUAGCCUGCUAAACCCAGUGUUGUGAGCUCAAUCCUUAAGGAGGCCAUUUAGGGAUCUGGGGCAAAAAUCUGUCCUGGGAUUGGUUAUGCUUUGGACUAGAUGACCUCCCGAGGUCUCUUCCAAACCUGAUAUUCUAUGAACCCUUUCCAUGUCUCAUUGCAGCUCUCUCAGCCCUAAUUUGCCUUCUAAGACUCUACAUCCCAAAGUGAAAUCUUGUGUGGAGAAAGAUGCCUAGAUUGUUGGAGCCAGAUUCUGCAAGUGCCCUAUACAGGGAACUGCCGUGGGCUCCUGUUGCAUCCUGGGACAUGCGCUGGGAUGUGUUUCAGUGCCUUGAUGAUAAACUUUCAAAUGAAGUUGGGUAAAAUGCCAAGCUUGCCUUUAACAUUCCAAAGUAUUUAAAGCAUGACUACAAAAAGACUUGUUUAUGAGCACAACAGAAUUUUGAAAUGUAUUUCAUAAUCUAUAUGUGAACAAAUGGAAUGUACUGAAAUUCAUUACAUCUCAAACAGAAAGAUUAAAAGUGGUAAGUCACCAAAUGGCAGAUAUGAUAUAUAAUCCAUUAAUUUAUUCAUAAGCAGAAGCAGAGAUACCGAUCAAAGGAAAAACAGAUAUUUUCAUUAGGAAAACCUACUUAAGGAUGGCCUUUUAUGGUGGACUGUUUAUUUUCUCAGCUAAAAGCUUAUGCCUGAUUCUGCCAAUCUUUAGGCACAUGCCAACACUUAAUCACAUGAGCAGUCCUAUUAAAAUUCACAUAGGUUUGCAGGAGGAGUUGUGCCUUAGAACUUUUGUGCCACUAAGAUUAAACGUGGAAUAAAUACAGUUAUGGUCCUAUAAUCAGUCUAUUAGCUGGAGUUAAAAUUAUGCCUGUGAUGUUCAUCAUGUACUAUUAAUGUGGUCUAUUUCCGGUAAGGACAUGAAAUAAAAUAAUGGACGUUUGGAUUACAUACAAUUAUUGGGGCCCAAUCAAGAUAAUUUGAACAUUUUGUAGUUUGCAUUAUUCCACAAAACACUUAAAUUUCAAAUAGCCUUGUGAGCAGCUGUUAAGUAAAACAUACAUGAGAAGUAUUUCAGUCUUGAACCACUCUGUAAUGGUUAUAUAGGAUAAUGAACACCACUCAGAGAACCUGCUUUUUAAUAUAUAAAAGUGCAGACCCUGCAAAGUGUUGGGCACCUCCUGUGAGAGACAAACCACCCUCUACUCUAAAUGAAAUCCAUGGGAGUUAGGGGCACUCAGCACAUUGCUUAAGGUGCAUAAACUAGUGCAAAAAUCAGACCCUAUGGUAUAUAGAGGAAUAUGGGCCUGGUGCUAUAAACAUGAAAUCAAUGGGACUACCUGAUGGAGUGAGGACUGCUCACAUGAAUAAAGCUUUGAAGGACUGUGUCGUAUAUUAUACAGUAGGUGACAAUCCUACCCCCUAUUGACAGCAAUGGCAAAAUUCACAGUGGUUGUGGAUGGAAGCAACGCUGAAGGUCUGAUCCUGAUCACACUGAAGUACAUAGGAGCUUUGCUAUUAACUUCAAAGGAAUCUGUAUCACAGUCUUUAAAGCAUUGCCCCCUAAACCUAGGUAAUAGGGACACACCCGACUCAGCUAUUUCAAAUCUCUGAUUUUGCAGGGAAUGUACGUCCAUGUUUUUCAAAACUAAACAUUAAAAUAAAAAGGGGUAUCCUUCAGGUAUUUUGUGGACUACAUAAAAUCUUUGAUAUCCCAGAACUUAGCCUAUAUCUGUGAAAUGCUGUAUAAAAUUCUUAACAUAUUCAUACUCCGAUCUAGACUAGAUCAACACAUUUUUCACUUAUACUUUUAUAUGUCCAUAAAAAAGACUGUAACCUUCAACAGAAUAGUUAUUCUAAUUCAAGGAUCAUUGUUUUUAUGUCAGUAAAAAAUACCUUUUUUGUAAUUUUGUACUUCUCCCAAAAGCUUUAAAAUAUGUAUCUGUCAUAACAUGACUGUCAUUCACACAGUCAAAAUUGAUUUGUGUGGAUGUCUAUGAUCAGGUGAUACACAGUAUAAAUGCUUGUCAAAUAUGUGCAUCAUACUAUCACUGUAAAAUUAUUCAUGUUUAUUAAUACGCAGA